AUGAGACUGGCAUUAUUGAACCAUCGAGUCUCCGUGACCGGAGGCCUCGAAGACAAAUGGCAGUUUGACGGAUUCUCCGUCCGGUCACCGCCCACGGCGGUUGCUUUCACAUGUCGCCCCACCCAACGAACCCCGUUGCGGGUGACUCCGCAGUCCGCACUGGGAGGUUUAUCUCUCUCGUUCGUUGGACUUGUUGAUUCCGCAACCUUCGUGGAAGUCAUCCAAUCUGCCAUGGAUUUUACCAGUUCGGGCGGGUUUCCUUCCCGGCGUUCUCACCCCAAUCUUAAUCACAUUUCCCUGGCUCCACUUACACCUCGGUUCCCCAUUGACGACGACGGCGACGACGUCGAGCCGGAGGACUACUUCAACAAUCGCUACGGACGAAGCGAUCACAGAUCUGAUCACCACGCCAGCAGCGGGACCAGAACUCCGCCACGCACUUCCUAUCUCUCCAGCGUCUCAGUACCGAGUACUCCGCCCAUCCUCUCGCACUCACGCAGCUCCUCUCGUACCCGCCAUGUACGAAGCAAGAGCUCCACCCGAGCCGGCCCAUUGAGCGACACCAACCUCCACAGUAAAGAUGUCGCUCUCGCAUUGCAUCAUCAUCCGGCUGCACACAAGAAGCCUCAAAGCUCACAGGUGCGACGUCAUUUUGGCGAUGCUGCCACUUCGGCAUCCUCCAAGUCCGACGCGGAAUGGAUGCUCCGAGCAGGCAUUGCACUGGCCUCGUCCACUCGCGAAGAAAAAGGUCAGAGCUGGCUCGCCAAGCGCGAGAGUUCAACCAGUCUCGUCGACCUGCCGCUCGCCGACGACACCACUCCACACGCUCAUCGCCAUCACCACCGCACAAAAUCAGGCGCCUCGUCCCGCAAGUCUCGCUCGGGUGCCUCGACACCAGCAGCGUACUCGCGACAUAGCUCGCGUUCGCGGGCAACCAGCCGCCGGGGAAGCCGGGUCGGGCUGACCAUGACAAGUAUGCCUCCGCUCUCAUCGGCUUCCAAGCUGGCCAGCCCAAGCGCCGGCACAAUGAGUCCCGUCGCGGGAGGGAAAGGCGCGGGGCUGGUCCCCGAUUUUGUGGACGAGAGGAUUCGAGCCGAAAUGGCCUCGUUGCAGGCCAACAGGGGGCUCCGGGAUGAUGAGCUCGAGCGCUGGGAUGCGGACGAUGACUACGACUCCGAAUGUGACUCGCUCUCAGAUGAUCUCCCCGAUGAAUUUGACGAGGCCGAUCUUCAGCGGCUCACCCGUGAACGCGGGUUCGGACUGGGUAGUUGGGUCGAUCGAUUGGUCGAAUGGACCCUGUUCGGGGUAGAGGAUUGGCCAGCUCCGGCGACAACAGCUGCAGCACAUGAAACUCGCAUCGGCUCAACUACCACGUCUACAAACGUCACCUUCGCAGAAACCGCCGUCGUUCCCGGUGAAGGACCCACUCGCGCAGGCAAGACAUCAUCGUUCACUGCUGCCGAGGAAGAUCCAGAAGAGGUCCUCGGCCAUUCGGACGGAGAAUCCGUCAUUAGUGUUGAGGAACCCGGUGCUCAAGGAGGCUGGGAGGACGCAGGGUGGCUUAUGAGAGUGAUGAAACGGGCCUUGAUAUGA